AUGUGCACCUUCCCUGUUUGUCGCUACAUAGUGUACCUUAUUCAAAAGAUCUUUAUCCGGUUGACAUCGCCUUCUGCAUAUGCAUUCGACUCUGAAGGAGUUUCUGCGCUAUCUGAACGAAUGUCGAGCUGUCUUCCAUUUACUACUAUGUCAACUAUGUGCUUCGAUCAUCUAACAAACGCCACCGCCGCUCUUCAGCGAUUGUUUGACCCGAUGAAAGCUCAUUCGAUUGAUACAUCUCUUAUGGAAGUUGAUGCUUAUUGA